GGCGGCGGCGGGUCGUACCUGGGCGCGGGCGGGGUCGGCCGGGACCCCCCGACCCGCUCCGGGGCCGGGGAGGGGGUCCCGGUAGAACGUCUCCUCCCUCAGGCCGCGGGGGACAUGGCGGCGGAGCGGGGUUCCUGGAGCAGCCUGACGGCGCUGCAGAAGGCCGCCGUGGUCCUGGGGAUCCCGGCCGGCACCGCCGUCCUCUACAUCCUGUACCGCAGGUACCGGGAGAGCCGAGAGGAGCGGCCGACCUUCGUGGGAGAUGAGGAGCUCGAAAUUGAGAUGCGAGUCCCGCGGGCGGCCGUGAAAUCCAUCAUCGGCCGGAGAGGAGCCACCAUCAAAAGGCUCAGCCAAGAGACGGGGGCUCACAUCGACGUGGAGAGAGAGGACGAGGGCGAGGAGGCGGCGCUGCUGAUCUCCGGCUCCCCCAGCCAGGUGUGCCGGGCGAAAGCUGCCAUCCACCAGAUCGUGACGGAGAGCACCCCGGUGUCGGAGCAGCUCUGCGUGCCCCAGAGAGCCGUCGGCAGGAUUAUUGGCCGGGGCGGCGAGACGGUGCGGGGCAUCUGCCGCAGCUCGGGGGCCAAAGUGCUCUGUGAGCGCGAGGCCGACACCGGCCUGACCCCGGUCAAGGUCAUCCAGCUCUCGGGGACGCGGAAGGAGGUAGCAGCUGCCAAGAAACUCAUCAUGGAGAAGCUGAUGGAAGACGACGCCUUCCGGAAGGAGCUGGCGCAGUCGACCGCGAUGCGGGGCCAGCGCAAGCAGCCCCUGGGCAGCCGGCGGGAGCCGGAGACGCUCCCCAAUGGGGCGCUGGAGCACAGGGAAGAGGACGGGGGCUCGUCCUGGGGGGAAGGCUCGCUCCUGGGCCACGCUGCCUUUGAGGAGUUGGAGGAGCUAGAGGAUGAGAGCGAGGAGCUGGAGGAGCCGGCGGCGGGGCCUGACGCAGCAGUGCCGAAAUUUGAGGUUCCCAGCCCCGAUUUCAGCUUCCAUGCUGACGAGCACCUGGAAGUUUAUGUCUCAGCGGCGGAAAACCCCAGUCACUUCUGGAUCCAGAUCAUCGGCCACCGCAGCCUGCAGCUGGACAAGCUGACCAGCGAGAUGCGGCAGUACUACCAGAGCAGCGGCCGCGCGGCAGAGCUCUCGGCCGUCCAAGCAGGGGACAUCGUGGCCGCUCCCUACAUGGAUGGCAGCGACUGGUACCGAGCCCGCGUCCUGGGCACGCUGGAGAACGGCAACUUUGACCUUUACUAUGUGGAUUUUGGGGACAACGGGGAGGCCCCCCGUGAGGCGCUGCGAGGCCUGCGGAGUGACUUCCUGAGCCUGCCCUUCCAGGCCAUCGAGUGCAGCCUGGCUGGGAUCAUGCCCGCUGGAGAUGCAUGGCAAGAGGCAGCUCUGGACGAGUUUGACCGACUCACCCACUGUGCCAUGUGGAAACCUCUGGUGGCAAAAAUUUCCAGUUACACCCAGUCCGGGCUCUGCGCCCGGCCGAGGGUCAGGCUCUACGACGUCCAGCAUGGCCAGAACCUGGAUGUCGGAGCAGAGCUGGUGCGGCUGGGAUACGCCAUCCCCUGUCCCCAGGAGGAAGAGGAGGGGGCAGUGGGGGACAGCCCCCUGCAGAGGGUGAGGGAGGCCACAGUAGAGACACUGGAGAAUGUCACCUCUGCCUCCAGUCAGAGCCUGUUCUCAGAGCUCCGGCAAAGCCCCGAUGCUGCCUCAGGCCCCGGCAAGGGCCUCGUCCCGACGGUGGGGAGCUCCCGAUGAUGCCGGCGGUGUUGGCCAGCGUGACCCGCCCUCCGCAGCCUCCCUGGGACGGCAGAGCGGGGCAGUGUGGGGCUCUGCUCCUGCCUGUGCCAAGGACAGCCAGUUCCUCCCCACGGAUCCAGCGCUG